AUGAAGAGCUUAACGUUACUCUCGGAAAUAAUUGUUCCUCGGUGUUUUCCGUACGACGAACGAUCAAAGAGAACUUUCCACACAAUAAAUCCGGAGAGCGCCGAUUUCUAUUUCCUUCGUUUUUCAGAUUCGUCGCUUUCGAAUGUUGAGUUGGUGAAAUGUUCUGAAUUAGAGACCCUACUCCCGGACAUGUCCGUCAUUGCUUCUUUCCCAAAUUCGGAUCACACACAGGAAUUGAAUGAGAUCGUCCGAGGAUUGAAGUUCUUGAUGGAUACUCAGUCGAUAUGCAUAGCCUUCGCAGGUGGUGACAUCUUCAUGGUAUCCUUGGAUGGAUCGGUGGAAGUGAUGGGGUCUGUCGAUUCUCAUAUAAAGUGUAUGGAAUGGAGUCCGGAUGAAGAAGUUGUUGUCUUCGUGACUGGGAAUGACACGAUCCUCGAAAUGACCAAGGAUUUUGAUGUUAUUACCGAGUUCCCAAUCAAUGUUGAAGAAUUGGGUGAAGCUGUGAGUAUUAGUGUCGGAUGGGGCAAGAAAGAGACUCAAUUUCACGGAUCAGAAGGCAAACUCGCUGCGCAAAGAAUAAUUGAUGUAUCCAACUUUACCCUCUCCGAAGAUGACGACACCAAAACCAGAGUGUCUUGGUGUGGUGAUGGAAGCAUGUUUUGUUGUUCGGCAAUUGAUUCAAAUCGAGAACUCCGGGUAAUUAGAGUAUACAACAGAGAGGGCGUGUUGCAAUCAACCAGCGAACCUGUAGACGGAUUAGGGCAUAUCCUAUCAUGGAGGUAUGUCCACACUUUGGUUCUAUUACCGGCUCCUGGUAGUAUUAUUACUGGGCUUCAUACUUUAAUCACAUUGCCAGCUGGAAAUCUGAUCGCUUCAAGUCAAAAAUUUUCUGAUAAGCAGGAAAUAAUCUUCUUUGAGAAAAAUGGUUUGAGGCAUGGUGAAUUCACUCUCAGAGAAACCUUGAAACAUAAGAUCAUUGAAAUAUUAUGGAAUUGCGAUUCUACGGUGCUCGCGGUGUGGUUGGAAAGGGGCUCAUUGGAAACCGAAAAGUCAUCGUGUGUGCAAUUGUGGAAUGCGAAUAAUUAUCAUUGGUAUUUGAAGCAAGAAAUCUUGAUGAAAACGGACGAUUUCAUUACCAGUUUUUCGUGGGACCCCGAAACUGCUUUAAGGUUAUAUUUAACCACUCAAAGAAAAUGUCAUAGGCUUGAUUUUGCUUGGGACAACUUAUAUUCCAACUUGAUUGAUAAGAAAAAUGCCGCUGCUGUGGCUGUUGUUGACGGAUCCUCAGUUUGCCUUACGCCAUUCAGAACCAUGAAUGUUCCACCACCGAUGUUUGCAUUCUCGUUACGACUGGACUCUCCAGUUUCACAUGUGUCGUUUUCUCCCAACAAUGGUGGUAAUGAUUUCGCUGUUCUUCAAGCUAAUCAGGAUAUUGCAUUUUUCGAUUGGCGCGGGGCAAUGGAGAAACCUGCAAAGCCUCCAACUCUGAUGGGAUCAAUUAAUAUGAAAUUUUUAGACUCCAAGAAUGAGGAAUCCAUAAGGCAGAUCGCGUGGAUAGACAAAGGAACUUUACUUUUUUUGCAGUUUAAUUCUGUAAAUGGAUCAGAUGACGUUUGCCAAAUAGACGUUAACCUCGAAAAAGGUUGCGAUCAGAAAAUUGAUGACUCAAGGCGCUUGAGCAAUGUGUUCAUGGUGAAAAGAUUGCACUGGGAUCACACGCACAAGAUGAUGCACUUGGUUUCAGGCGAUGGGAUGGUGUUGGAGGUGGAACUAAAAUCAGAAUCAUCCGGUGGUAGCCAUCUCGCUAUCACCGACUCACAAUUGGUGAGAUUUCCGGAACCCUGCACUUGGGUUGGAUCGACUAAAAUAGGGGCAGAAGAACGCGUCGAGAAAAUUGUAUUAGGCUUAAGCGAGAGCAACAAAUUAUAUGCGUGUAACAAGUUGAUUUCUUCCGAUUGCACCUCGUUCUUCAUUCAUAACGAUUUUCUUAUAUUCACCACGAUGAGUCAUAUGUUGAAGUUUCUGACGCUUCGUGUGAGCCUCUCGGAUCUCAAAGUUCCGGUAAAUACUCAUGAUGAAACUGUUCGUGAGGUUGAGAGGGGUUCGAAAAUUGUUUGUGCAAUAUACUAUGAUGCCUCAGUAAUCUUGCAGAUGCCGAGGGGAAAUCUUGAAACGAUAAGUCCCCGAGCAUUAUUAUUGGAAUCCGUGCGCGAAUCUCUUGAUCGGCUGGACUAUAAAUCUGCUUAUAUCACAUGCCGAAAACACCUGGAGAAAGUUGAUUAUUUGAAUUUGUUUUUGUCAAGUUUGAGAAAUGAGGAUGUGACAUCGACAAUGUAUCUCCAGACCAACAAAAUAAGGAUCUUGGGAGACGAUAGUAAUAGUACUUGGGAUACAUCAUUUAAAAUCAAUACAGUAUGUGAUGCGGUUCGAGAAGUGCUCGGGACUUUAGAUACGAAGACGUACCUCCAAUCGAUAAUAAUGACAUAUAUUCGCCGAACUCCACCAGAUCUGGAAUCUGCGCUAGGCUUGCUUGCGAAAAUCAAAGACCAGGACCCGAACUUAGCCGAGGACGCAAUCAAAUUUACAAUAUUCUUGGUUGACGCGGACCGACUAUUCGAUGUCGCUUUAGGAAUGUACGAUUUUAAUCUUGUGUUAAUGGUUGCCCAACAAUCUCAGAAGGAUCCACGAGAAUAUCUUACUUUUCUGGCCAAUCUUGAAAGUUACCCGACUAAUUAUCAAAGGUUUAAAAUUGAUGAUCACCUACAUCGAUACGAGAAAGCAUUGCAUAACUUGAGCCUGUCAGGCGAUGAACAUUUCGAGGAAUGUUUGAAAUAUACCAUUGAUCAUGCUUUAUAUAAGUCAGCAAUUUCAAUAUUCACAAAUAAUCGAGAAAAAUACAAGAGAGCUAUUUUAAUAUAUGGAGAUUAUCUCUCUACGGAAUCAAACUUCAAGGAAGCUGGUUUAGCUUACUCAUUGGCCGGGGAUAAGCAAAAGGCACUUGAAUCGUACAAAAAUUCCGGAUCAUGGCGUGAAGCUUUUUCGAUCGCUCAUGAGUUGAACUAUUCGUCGGAUGCAUUACUGGAAUUGGCCAACAAUCUUGCUGAAUCAUUGUCAGAUAAAAGACAAUAUCACGAGGCAGCCCAGAUAAUACUGGAUUAUGCUAAACAACCCGAAGAAGCGAUAGAAUUGCUAAACAAAGGUCGUUAUUGGAAUGAGGCUAUGCGUAUUUCUUAUAUGUAUAACAGGUCGGACUUAAUCCAAACUAAUGUCAAGCCAAGUGUAAUUGAAGGAUAUACCCAAUCACUUCAAGACGUGAACUCAAUGUUGGACCAAUUGAAUCAACAAAUAUCCAGACUGAGAGAGAUUAGAAUAAAUAAGAACAAAAAGCCGCUAGAUUCGGAACUCUUUCACGACGAAGCAAUAGAAAACGUUGAUGUAUUUUCUGAUACAAGUUCUAUGGCCAGUGGAUUCACACGUUACACUCAAUCCAACACCCAAUUAAGCGUACAUUCUAAUAGAAGCGGAAAAAGCGCAAAAAGUCGUCGACGAGCGGAAAGGAAAAAAGCUCGUGGGAAAAAAGGAAGUAUUUACGAGGAAGAAUACCUCAUUGAUUCCUUGAGAAGGUUGAUCGAACGGUUCAAUGCUACUCAAGCGGAAAUAUCGAAUUUGUUAAAUUGUCUCGUAAACUUGGGAAUUGUGAAAAAUGCCCAACAAAUUCAAUCCCUUUUCUAUAAAUUGGAAGAAUUGAUAAAAAAGAGUAUCGACGAAAUAUUCGAUAUUCCGUUGACUAUCAAUGUAUCAGCUAUAGAGGAUGAUGCGGAGAUCGAUCAUGUCAAACCGCCAACCCUCAAAGUAAUCGAAAAGCCAAAGAUAAUCGAAACAAAUUGGAAAUUGCAAAUCAUAUAA